AUGUAUCAGUAUGUUGUUGUUCGAAGCGGUUCCACAUAUCAUCGGAAAUAUCCAGAGUUUCGCGAAAAAAUCAUAAAAUUUCCGCUUAUUCAUGUUUUUAUAGCUUAUAAAUAUGUGAAAGGUCAAAGGCUGAACGAUGAACAACUUCGUGAAAUUUACGAAGGACUUAAAUUGAAUAACAUCAACAAGUAUUCAUAUGUAUUAACAGGUUAUUGCGGUAAUGAGUCGUUUUUAUUAAAAAUUGCUGAUAUUGUCAAAGAUGUUAAAGCAACGAAUCCAGAAGUGAUUUUCGUUUGCGAUCCGGUUCUGGGUGAUAAUGGCAAAUAUUACACACCUAAGGAGUUGAUGCCAGUAUAUCGAGAUGUAAUAAUUCCUUUGGCAGAUAUAAUAGCCCCCAAUACUUUUGAGCUAUCAGAAAUAAGUGGUCAAAAUAUUCACAACGAAAAAGACUGUUUAAAAGCAAUAGGAAUAAUGCAUAAUAAAGGUGUAAAAACUGUGAUUGUUACAAGUGGACUAGAGGAAGAGAACCUUUUAUUCUGUUAUGGUUCAUCAAUAAACGAUGGUAUUCUUAUACAAUACCGCUUUGAUAUCCCGAAAUUACCUGGAAUGUUUGUUGGCACGGGUGAUAUUUUCACUAGCCUAUUGGUAGUUUGGCUUGAUAAAUUUCACGGUAAUAUUAAAUUAGCUAUAGAGAAAGUUAUAAGCAGUAUUCAAGGGUUAUUACGACGAACUGGGGAGAAAUUAUGUGUAUCAUAUCCUCUUCGAUCAUGUCUUGAUGUAAGUGAACUGGAAUUAAAAUUGGUACAAAGCCGUGCAGACCUGUUGUAUCCACGUUUUCCAAUCAAAGUAACAAUGAUAUUAAAAGAAGAGUUAAGAAAUCACGUUUUUUAG